AUGGGCGGCAGCAAGGGCGGCGGAGGAGGGGAGGGCGGCGCGAAGGCUGCGGAGGGUGGGAAAUACGACCUCGACGAUUUCAUGACGCUGAAAAUGGGCAUCGACCACGUCGCGGCCGAGGAAGCUCACAAGUGCGGUAUAGCGGAGGAUUCGCGGACGCUGUGGCUGCGCAUGGUGUUUGGCACCGUGGGGGUGGUCACCUCGGUCUGGGGCCACUUCCAGAACCACAAGUUCCCGUCCAACUACUGGACGAUCUUCAGCUGCGUCGCGGUGUUCGCCGCCUGCGCCAUCGGCAUGACCGUGCUCUCCUGGAUCGAGAACAACCGGAUCCUCACCGGGCGCGCGGACCCAGCCGUGCAGCUCCCUGCUUGCUACGUGGCGUCGACGUUCGACCGCAACGACGGAACGUACAAGCUCGGCCUCGGAUCCCUCGAGGUCCCCGGCGGCGCGAAGCAGUGUCGCAACGGCCGGUUCCAGGUGUGGCGCGCGAAGGGCGUGAACGAGUUCUUCGACGUGAACGGGAGGUGCGCCGAGGAGAAGGCGCGCAAGUUCGCCAGGGGGGUUGUGCAGAAGUUCCUGAAGGGGGUGUCGGGCGGGCAGGGGGGAGUCAAGGGGAAGGAGGCGCCGGAGGGGGCGGGGAAGGAGCAGGUCCAGUCGCCGGGGGACCAAACGGCGUCGGCGAAGAAGCGGAAGAAGAAGGCCAAGUGA